CGAUUGAACAAUUAUCAAAUGCAGCUGCUGGUGUGAUGGCAACGAUUCAAAAUGGAAAGAAACAUGUUUUAGGUCGUGUUGCAUCACAGCCAACUUUGCAAUCAUUCAAUUCACCACCAAACCUUUCACAAGAUCCAAUGCCCGCUUCACCUGGUAUCGCAACAUUUGCAUCUUCUUUUGCGCGUGAUUUGAAAAGUAAAGCAAGUAUCGUUUUCAGCAAUGACAAUCAACAACAACGAUCCAGACAGCAUCGACCUUCGAUCUCUAGCACAUUUGAGAAAAGCUCUGCUUCGAGUGAGGGACUUGGAACCCUAUCCCAGUCAACUUCAGCGUUGACGUUUAACUCUUCCGGUACGAGAGUAGACGGCACGAUUCGAAAGAUGAUGAGGAACACGAGCACUCAUUUGAGCGGGCUGGGUAUUCGGCCGGGCAAAGUACGGGAGCGGACAGGUAGGGCAGAAUAUCGAUAUGAUAAUGAGUUGCCCAAAAGUGCAUCAUAUAUUUCGUCAUUUUAUUCAUCAACAGAUUCUUUGCAAAUGACACAUUCGGCAAAAGAUGGACAAUUUCCAACAUUUGAUGAUCGAGCACGUUGGGAGGCAAUGUGUGAUGCGCAAAAUCGAUCGUCAAAUUCUCCACUGACGAUUGAUUUUGACGUAUUGAAUAAGCCUUUGCCAGAUAUUGUUGGAGCAAAUGAUGUGUUCGGAAAAGGAAUAUAUCAAUUUCCUUCUCCGAUGUAUGAGAUUGGGAUGACACAUCAUGAAGAUUCACAAGAGAUGCUUGAUCGAACGACUGAAUCGUACGAUAUGUAUAGCAAGCAUAAGUUUGGCUAUCGUCCAAAGAAUGAAAUGGCACGUUCAUGGUCGGCUGACAAGGUCAAAGAGGUUCCCCUUGUCAGUGCUCAAAUCAAACUUCCGCACAAAAGACAUUUGACGGCAGAAGAGUGUGCCGAAGCCAUCUUUCGCGGGGCAGAGGAAGGAUUUCAAUGGCAGGGAGAAGAUGGACAACCUUGUAGUUUGCGGGGUAUGCUUCUGGCAUAUGGUGAAGCAUUGUCACGGGAGAGAAAAGAAAAGAAAGAAGAAAAGGUGAAUGAUGCACAUAUGCAGCUAUGUGCUUUAACGUUUGAUUCGCAACGGACGGAUACGUGUGACCGAUUGGACGAAAGGGAUGUUCUAGAUUUGACUGGAAUGGGUUCUCCUAUUGAUGCAACAGAAGAUACGAACAUGUCUUCCGCUAGUCAAUUCAAUGAAGGAUUGAUGGGAGAGUCACUCACUCAUUCCGCAUCUUCGACGACAGAGUCAGCAUUAUCAUGCGAUACGAUCAAGAAGGAUUCAAAUCUUGAUUCACGUCCUUCGUAUGCAUUUUUGAAUGAGCCAGCCAAAGGGAAUGAAAUCUACUUUAGUCCUCCUCGACCGAGAACAUCUUCACUAAAACAUCGUCGAUCGAACCAAUAUACUCCUAUGGCAUAUAAAGGCACCGCAAAGAUGGCCGCCGGUCAACGUGAAGAAAAUCGAAGGCCAAGCGUCACUGCGAGGGAUAGCGGUGGUAGCAGUAGUAAUGCAAGUAUGGCAAGCUAUACUGCUGCCUUUUAGUGAAAUGAUAUACAUUUGAAAUGUUGAUUGAUUGUCAGUGUG